UGAUAAAUCGGUUAAGCUGUAGUUUUUUUUACCUAUAUAUAUGUAUAUACAUAUAUAUAAGUACAUAUAUAUAGAAUUAACAGCACAAUGCACUCAAUUAUACAUACAUACUUAUUUACACUAGUCCAUGCUCUCAUGAUGAUUUUAAUCGUUAAUUACUACAGUGUAAUUUAAAUUACGGUAUCAGUGAGUUUGUAUUGCGCGUUUUUUUAAAUAUUUAUUAUUUUUAUUAAAGAAAUGUUUAUUUGUUUAAUAAAAUAAUAAUAUAAAAGUGUGUAUAUUAAGUGAAAGCUAUUUGUUGUUUGUUGUUUUAAAGAAUACAGAGAUUGGUAGUUUUCAUUUUUCGAAUUCUUGAGUUAAUAAAAAAAAUUAAUGUGUAAAAUGUUAAUUUUUUAAAAAAUAGAAUGUGGUGAAAAAAUAAUUAAAAACUAGUGGUUUUUAAAAAUAUAUUAUUUAUAAAUUUUUAUUUUAUGGAUGAAGGACUUUGGGAGGUUGGUUUUUUUUAUUUAUGUCGAAUGGGAAACGUACGUUGUCCUCGUCCUUGAAUUAUGCGUGAGGAAGCACUAGUGUCCCCCGUGGUGGGUGGGCCGAGUGUUCCCUGUAGUUAUUACAUAAAAAAUACCAUAAACAAUAACAAUAAUAAUGACAAAAAAGAAAUAAAUGAAGACAAUAAAGUCAAUUUAUAUUUCCUAAGGCCUAAGAUUCGGCUUCACGAUGAUGUCUCAUCAUCGUCAUCAACGUCAUCAUUUAAUAAUGACAACAAUAAAAAAUAUUAUCAUCGUCAACCCAUUUCCGUAAAAUGCAAAAUAAAUGCCAAGAAAGACAUCAGUAAAUACUUUAAUUAUCCGGCUAAAGAAAAUAAUAAAUCAGAUAAUUUUUAUAAAAAUAAAUUUAAUUUAAUAACUGGAAACGAAACGAAUAACGAGGAUUUGGUAAUGGGUUCAAAUCUAAGUCGUCAUCAUGGCAAAGGCCUUACUGGACGUAGAACACAGUCAUCAGGUAAUCUUUGUGACUCUAAAGGAAAACUUAGUCAUGUUGGAAAAAUUCUUGUUCCUUGUUCUAGUUCAUCGGAGGACAGAUACAAAUUCUCUGGGUCAUUACCGAAUAAUUUAGAUAAUGAUCAUGAUUUUAUGCUAGUAAAUAAUAAUAAUGUUAUAACGGACACGAUAUCUGGAAAUUUGGGUGGUACUUUGCCCCAUAAAAAAUCAUCAGUUCAGUUCAAUGAUGAGGUGACGGAUUUCGAACGAUAUCGACUGCAAACACUUGAAGGCGAUCCUUGGGAAUAUCAUCAAAAUGACGUGGAUAUUGUGCGCUGUAAGCAUGGGAAUUUAAAUUUAGUGAGAAAAAGUCACCACAAUAGUACUGACGAGUAUAUUCCGUCCAAUAGUCACCAUUAUGACUCUGAAUUAAUGGGCACUUUGCCUAAAAGAAGAAUAGAUCCAAAGUGGUGUGAUCCCACAAGUAUACAGUCGAUUGUUCAACAGUAUAACCAGCAUGAAUCCGGUGAAAUAGAUUUAAAUUAUCCGCAAAAUGCGCAAAUUAUUCACAAGCCCACCUGUGAAUUGAUGAAGCAUCAUCACCGUCAGCAAUUAGAACGUCUUGAUGAUUUUAAUUCAAAACCUACAUCAAGUGAACAUCAAGACCAAGGAUACGCGUCGGAACGUUCACCUGAAGAUGAACACCCGCCGUUACUAGCAAUUAAUCCAGAAAACACAUUUAAGGUGACCUUGCAAAAAAGUAGCCGAGGUCUUGGAUUGAGUCUUUCCGGCGGUGGAAAAUCAGGCCCGGUUAGAGUUAAAAGACUUUUUCCCCAACAGCCAGCGGCGCUUUCCAAUAAACUCGAGUCUGGUGAUAUUCUUUUAGCAGCUAAUGGAAUUACACUUUCUGGUCUAACUAAUUACGAAGCACUAGAAGUACUUCGUACAACUUCUAAUACCGUUGAAUUAUUAGUAUGUCGGUUACCUGGUGAACCUAGUAUUACACCACCAAAGGCACCACCGACUCCACCGACACGACGUGAAGCUUCAUUACCAUCACGUUUUCUCAAACCCGUGCCGCCACUUAAUAUUGAACCAUGUGGUGAAUUCGAUAUCGAAAUGACUAAAGUAGCCGGUAGCUUGGGAUUUACUCUGAGGAAGGUCGACAGCAGUGCUCUAGGUCAUUAUGUCAGAGCACUGGUACGUGAACCAGCAUUGAGUGACGGACGUAUUCAACCAGGUGAUAAAAUAGUCACGGUGGAUGGUGUCCCGCUGUCUCCAAUGAGCCACGAAGAAGCUGUUGCGUUACUACGCCAGUGUGGUCCCAGAGUCAAAUUACGUCUUUAUCGCGACUUGACUCAAACUCCAGUAUCAGCUUUGUCACCAACUGAACCUGAUCAUCCUUUACGUCCACCACGAACUAGUCUCAGAAAAGAGGCUGUCGAUAUGCUUUGUGAUUUAGCUGUACGUAAAUUAUCACCGAAUGGAUCAAAUGGUUCGUCAACACAAAAUCAAACGGCAAAUAAUUGUUCGCCACGACGAUUACGUCGUCCUGCAUCAAGAUCAUCAAUGAAUGAUGACAAGAAUGAUGCUAUCGAUACAUCGAGCAAUAUUAAUUUAAAUCAAAAUAACCCACAAGUAAAUAUCAGCAAACCUUUACGGCCAAAUUAUCUUAAUUUAUCAAAUGGUGAAUCAAAGUCUGAAAUGAGCAAUGAUCAAAAUAUUGAAAUAAUUAAUUCGUCGACUGUUAAUGAUAAUGAGUUGUUGGAAACUGGUGAUUAUUAUGAUGAUAAUGACGCGUUAAUUGGCGAUAUACAGGAUAAUAAUUUACCGAUCGAACCGGCGUCAAUGCCGCCGUUGGUAUUCGAUACAGACAAUGACACGUCUGAUGCUAAUUUCAGUUACAAAAAUCCUGCGUACCAAAGCGCUAAUCCAACUUUCAGUGGCAAUGAUAAUAUUAAAUCCAAAGCUACAUAUUCUAGUGAUAAAAACAUUCCAGGAAAAAUUACAACGGUACAAGAUCCCGCUGGCAGUAAAAGUUUACUCAAGUGGAAGGGUGUUAUGUUUGCACCAGACGACAGUAAUGAUAACGGUGACAACACAACUAAAAAUGACAAUUUCAAUGGAACUGUUACUAAGGAAAAUAAAUACAAAGACUGUGAGGUAUUUAUGGUUGAAUUAACACGUGGUUGGAAUAGUCGCUUAGGAUUUAGUUUACAGUCACGCGAAAACUCAACUAUAAUAUCAAUGGUACAUCCUGAUAGUGUUGCAGCUAAAGAUGGGAGAUUGAAACAGGGUGAUAUAUUACUUAUGGUAAAUGAUGAGAAUGUAGAAAAUAUGCCAACGACUGACAUUAUUGAUUUGUUAAGAAAAAUACGAGGUUCUAUCGGCAUUACAGUUGCGAGACAAAAAAAAAGUAGCGACACGUGACGAUAAAAAGUAUAAAAAAUAAAAAUAAAUUAUUUAAUUACUAAAGUAAAUAAAAUUCAAAUCAUCAAUCAAAUCAUCGAGCUUAUAAAUUAAUUUGUACGUAUACGUUUAUUUUUUUUCUUUAUCUUUUUAAAAAUUGUUGAUCAAUCAUGAGCUAUAAAUUUAAAAAAAUCUAUAUACUAUUUAUCUUGAGAGAAAACUAUAAA